AUGGGGUGUAUACCUUCACACAGUGUCAUCAUCAACAGCGUUGCCAAGAGUGGCAUUCAGUUUUUGAAAAAGCCCAAAGCAAUUUUGCCAGGAUGCCAGUGGGGCAGCCAAAGAUGUUCCAUCCCUUUGCUAAUCAAAAGUUCUACCUGCUAUGACCCUGGGGUGUUGCCUGCAGAGGAGCCAGAGAGUUCCAGGAAGCCCCAAACUACAGCUGAAGGUCUUUGUCAGCUCACAGGAGAUAUGGAAGGACUGAGCCCUGAAAACCAAACUUUUGCAUCCCUGUUGAACAAAUCACAAAGCCAUGUGGCUACAGACAUUUCAUUUGGGACACAAUGUUCCCACAGGACACAAAGAGCAGCCUUUGCUGGGGAAGAGAAUAAGGAAAACACUACCCAGGAAACCUCAGAAUGGGAAAAGAAGCCAGAGUGCCACCAGCCGGGCAAGGAGGGCCAAUGCCGCCAAGCCACCCUUCCUGCUCCCGAGUCAGAAGGCAAAGUGGACUUCCCUGAGCCCCUGGUAAAGGCUCACCAGCAUGCUUACAGCUAUCUACAAGCCAGUCUUUCCAGAUACGAAGCAAUCCUGCACCUCACCCAGAAGGCCAGCGAGACCCGGGAACUGCUGCAGCCCAUGCUCAGCUUUCUGCUGCUGUGCUUUGAGGAGGUCGGGCAGCUCCUGGGGGAGAUCUCCAGGGAUGGAGAAGUGCUCCUCCAAGAAGUUAGGGGGGAUCUGGCAUGGCCACCGAGGAAAGGAGAACCCUGGGAGCAGCCAGACCUGCUGCAACAGCUGCUGCAGUACACCGUCAAUAAGUUGCAGGUGGUCCACUGCAUGGUGGCCACCUUAAGUGGGAACUUCCUGGAGGGGUCUAGCAGUUACCUCCACUCCACCGCCAGCCAGCUAGAACAUAAGCUGAGUACCAGGAGAGGUAUGGACAAACGCCUCCUGAGAGCUCUGGGACAACUAGAAAGCCUGACAGGUGGCUCCAUGGCCACGAGUGACCCUGGGCUGCAGGGUCCACCCUUGUGCUCUGAGGACAGUGGCAUUGUUGCUGACAAUGAGUCUGUGCAGUCCACAGAGAAGUUGGGCAAACAAGGCAACUGGGAUUUUGCAACAGAGCCUGGAGAAUGGAAACCAGGAACCAUACCUCAAGAGGAGGUUAGGCUGCCAGGGCAUGCCUUGCAGCCAAGUCCAUUCUGGACAGGUUCAGACAGACCCCAGGACCAACCUGGGUCUGCGGUGACUAAGGUUCAGCCAGCAGCACAAAGUGAAGCCAGGGGCUUAUGUACCUCCAGCACAGGCCAGGAAGCAGUCAUCUCCAGGCCUCUGCAGGUUAACAAGAGCACUCCAUGGAACUCCCUGAGUGUUGGGGUCCCUGUGGACACACAUAUUUCCCAAAGCUUCAGGUUGAUGGAUGCUCCAUCCCUGAACGAAGGCAAGGAAAGCAGCAUAGAAGAAGAUGAAGUUAGCAACAUGGGUUCAUGUGCUGAGGAGAAGAAAGGACCACCUUCAAGACCACAGUCUUCACCUGCUGACUGGGAAAGCCUAUUUCAGUCACACUCCAGGAAGUUUAGGAGCCCCCAGGCCCAGGAAAUGAUUCUGAAGAUGAAGGAGGCCAUCAGUGAAAGGAUCAAGUUUGUCCCUGUGACUUCCAGAUACCAGGACUGGGCUGAGGAGGAAGAGGGGAGGGCAGCAGUCCCUCCAAGACCUAGCACAGAUAGUGGCAGCAGGAGGACACCAGAGAGACAAAGGAGGUCUCAAUCAGAGGGAUGUCUUAAGAGCCAUGUGGAGGACCCCAUCCUCCAGGAGCUCAGGCAAGUUCAGGCAGAUCUCAGUCAGCGGCUGGAGGUAUUUUAUGUCCUGGGUGCCACACAACAGGAGCAGAGCAGGGAGCAGCUUCUGCAGCCCAGGGCAGCAGCACUGUGGCCCCCCACCAACUGCAGAGUGAGGCCCAGCAGUACUAUCAGCAAGUUCAAAGCUUCCCUCACCAAGAACUUCAGCAUUUUGCCCAGUCAAGACAAGAGCAUCUUGCAGAGAGGCAGUUCCUACUCUGAGCAUGAUCAGUCUUGGCAGAAGACUGAGAAGCUGCCAAAUGCCAUACCUUGUGGUAAAAAGGACCAUAGAGCUCCCAGAGACACUGAACUGGACAUUAGGGGCUGUCCCACUAGAACAUCAGUCAAAAAACUUAUUGAAACAUUCAGUCCCACCAAGAGUCUAAGGAUGCCAGUGGACUCUAAGAACUUGGGAUCAAGCCCCUGCCUCAGGAAAUGGGGGGUCCCCGUCAUGCCUCCUAGGUUUCCUAUAUACAGGGGGCUUGCCCCUCUGUAUCCUAAGCCCCAAAUUUCUCCAGCAGCAGGCAGAGAAUCUCUCAAGGCAGGGAUAGGCUGGAGGCCUUCAGCACCCUUUCCCUCUCUUCCUACAUCAGAAGCAUCCAAGAGUGAAGACAUCAACUGUGAAGCAGAGGAGGACCUGGAGCAUCUCCCUCCACCACCUCUGGAAAUCCUAAUGGAUAAAUCAUUUACUGCCCUGGAGCCAAAGGAGAACACCAAGCCACCAGGUAGUUCCCUGGAAGAGACCAUGGUGCCAGGGCAAGGAGGGGCUAGCCCUCCCAGAAGAACAUGGGCUUCCCCAAAGUUGAGAGCCUCCAUGAGCCCCAUGGACUUGCUGCCCAGCAAGGUCACUGGCAGCUCCCAGAGACUGCGAAGCACAGGGCUAGGCAACUGGAGUGGUAGCAAUCCCAGAGAGCUGACCUUGUACCUGAACUCCCAGUCCACACCCAGCGCAAAGCCAGAGGCUGAGGGAGGAACCCACAAUAAGGCACAAACAGAGAAGGCCACAAGACUCUCUAAGCAUCACCAGAAGGCAAUUGCCUGGCACCACCCCAACCCCACAUCUGGGAAAAGCAGGACCUUGGAACUCAGUCUGACUAUACCUUCACGAGGGCUACCCUCUCCAGAAGCUUCCAGGCAGGGCCAAGAGAGAAGCCCUCUAGGGGCCAAAAAAGUCUCUCCUACAAGAGCACACUGGGCACCUCAAGGAGAUGGGAGGCUACAGAACCUGCCCACCUCUCAUGAAAUGUUUCAGCCAAGCGUCCCUGCUGUUCUCAACUCCCUGGGUCCACCCCUGAACCCCAGGACGCUGAGCCCACCAGCCACAAGAAAGUCAACUUCCCCACCAUGCCAGAACCAGCAACCCAACACAGCCCCAGGGAGCCCUCCUGUCCAUUGGGCAGAAACAGGCUCCCCUUCCUCUGUCUCCUCCUCAUAUGACUCAUCCCCCUCUCUGGAGCCCAAGGAGGUAAGACACUCUGAAGACAGCGAAGUUGCCAAAGCAUUCAGGAAUACAUGCCCCAUAUUCUGUCCAUCCACCUCCUCUCUGUCUGAAGCUAAAUUGCCGUUCGCAACAUCUCACCUGCUAUCCCCAAUAUCACUGCCACCAGAGCCUGGGGGCCCUUUGGGGACCCCAGCAGGAGGCUGGAGGAGUAGCUCAAGGCCACAACUGAGAGCAGGCUCGCACAGGAGAAUGGCUGUGAAUGCCCUCAAUCCCCUGCCCUUUGUCAGAAGGACAGCUCCAAACUGCCAGCAUCAGCAAAGUGAUCAACUUCAGCAGCCUGGCUCCUCUGGGGAACCCCAUCUCUGUCAAAGCAGCAGCAGCAGCAACAGCAGCGAAGAGAGUUCCAAGCACGAUUCCCCACCUUGGAACAGCACCCAUACUCCAGAAUUGCAGGGCAGUGGCAUGAGGUGGGCAUCUCUCACAGAGCUCUGUGUGCAGGGCCAUGGGCUGCAGCCAGAGGCCCGCAUCAACCGUACUCAGGACAGAUCCCAGCCAGAGGCACAGCCACAGCAGGAGGAGGUAGCCUGA